AUGAUUGCCAUGGACGAAAGACUCGACCAGCUAUUGGCUCAAUUAAGCGGUAUGCAACCGGCGGAGCAGACUGACACACUCACUGCGGAGGCUGUUGCACAGCUCCUCUCGAAGACCGAGCAGCAAUGGGGCCAGGAAAUCAGGACCCUGAAGCAGGACUCGGGCAACAUUUGUCACUGGCUGCUGCGGCUGUCUCACACUCCAGUCUUGGAGUUUUCUUGCCCCAGCAAGGACGGGAAGCGCAUUGUCAGAUCUCAUCGUGAGCAUCAUAAGCCUCAGCACCAUGCUCAUGGUCAUGCUCAUGGCAAGCACAGUGCGAAGAUGGUGCAAGUUGAGCUGCAUUCUGGAGGCACAGCAGAAUUGCUACAUGAUGUCACCCAGCUGGAUCCGGCCAAGUGCAACAUCUUCAGCCUUUGGGAGAAACCGCCUUCCUUGGAGAAGCAGCCCCUCUUUGAGCGACUAGUCAUGGAGGCCUGGCGCAGACAUUCCGCGGGGCUCUGCAACGAGCCGGUGCUGAUCACGGACGAGAACGUCCGGCAGGUAAUUCCAGAUCUGCCUGAGGAGUAUUUUCGACUACCAUACCCAGCCGCAAAAUCUGACUUUAUUCGAUAUGCAGUAUUGUACCACCAUGGUGGCAUCUAUGUGGAUUUUGACAUGCUGACAGUGCAGGACAUCGACGAGAUUGUGCAAAAGGUGAAGGAGUUCGACUUGGUUUCUUACAGCGACAGCCGAGACGGCAGAAGCUGCGAUGGUUUCUCCUCCAACUUCUUGGGAGGCCAGAAAAGCAGCAGCUUCCACCGGUCUGUUUGGGAAGCGCAGAAGGCAGCUGUUGCCAAGCACUGUGACAUCUCUGAGAAGAAGGUGGAGAAGGUUUGCUGUUUCGAGGACAAGAAGGAGCAGUGCCACAUUCCUUGGGGAGGACUUGGGGAGUGGAUCUCCCACCGGGUCUUUGCAGCGGCGAAGCCGCACUCAGCAUUCUGCUUCAGCGGCGAGGAGUCCUUCAACCCCGACCGCUUCGAGUUUGUCCUGGAGCACCGGCAGAAGUUGCAGGAUGCAGAGGCAGAGUUCCUCGCCUCCCACGUGGCGCAGCCCUUGGGCAGGCGUUUGUACCACUUCUUCAAUGCGCUGCACGGCUGGGAGAAGCACACCUGCGCAAACUUGUUCGACGAGUCAACGGUUGUGGGGCACCUCUUCUCCAAAAGCUUCAGCGGGGGCCGCGGCCCCACGCCCCGAAACGACACAACCAGUGCGGCCUUUCUGAAGCUGCACCCAGAGUUCGCCGAUGUGAGCCAGAACUACCUCACCAACGGACCAUUACUGUCUGAUUGCAUCGGCAGCCCGAUUCUAUCACCGGUGAAGCUUUGCCAGGAGCUGCAUCAGACCAUCCUGGCGCACAACCACAAUGCAGAUCUCAUCAAGCACCACAAGGACACUAUCGACGCCCUCCGGGAGCGUUGUGCGAAGAUGACAAACAGCACCUCAAAGUCGACCGAGAUCCAGACGCAGCUGAGACAGCUGGAUGCAAGGCUGAAGCAGCAGCAGAAACAGCGAAAGCUGGAGCCCUUGUUCGACAGGCUGUCCGCGCUGGAGAUGCGUGUGGCCGCAGCGGCCACCCAGGCUUGGAGUGGCGCUGCCGGCUAUCCGCGCACAGUGCCGACCCUGCCGCGGGGCAUUGGGGCACCUCCCGGCAUCGAGGAGGAGGAAGAGGAGGCAAGGUCUGUGGGGAAGAAUCCGCCCGGGGAGGGAGUGUUGCGAAAGAUCCGAGGCCUCUGGGACUUCGAGCUGAGCGCUCGGGACUGGCCGCUGCUGGCAGCAGAGGUGGCGUUGCUGCUGCUGGCGAUCCUGGCGCUGCUGCUGCUUUUGUCAGGCUUUGGCUUGUGGACCGUGCGGCCACCAGGGGAGGCAGAGCUUUGCCGAGUGGAGACCCUAGGCUUGCAGAACUCCACGCAGGGCCAGCGGACGGCCGACUUGGCGGCCUGCCGAGGGCUCUAUUCCGUGGUCUUCCGCGCUUUGGGAGCCAUUUCCUUGCCCUUCCUGGUCUGCGGAUGUAUUGCCUUCUUCAUCAGCACCCUGCUGCUCCAGAUGCUGGGCCGGCCCCGGCCAGGCAACGUCCGAAGGCACUUUUGCUGCAUUGGCUUUGUGGAAGUUCUCGGCUUAGCAUUGGUUUGGCUUCCUUCGAUCUUAUUUCCUGGUGUUACUACAGCAGUUGCUGCUGGCUUGGCACCCAUCCACGCGUACUACAUCAGCAUCAGCGUUGGACACGUGGCCAUCGCUGUAACUGGUGGGGAGUCCGGCGAUGGCGCGAUGAACAAAGCGGCACACCUCUACGAGGUGCUCUACCAAGGCUACUGCGCUGUCAGCCGCGUGGAGCUUUGCUUGACAAUUGGAAGCAUCUCGCUCGUGCUCCUGUUCUGGGUCUUUGUCGCAGAUCUGGCUCGGAACGUGGUUUCCAGCACCUGCUGGCAGCCCCGCUGCGAGGGCCGCGGCUCGCAGCUGCUGCAGCUGCUCAAACGGUCUUAG